AUGCAGGUCUUCCGCGCUGCGUCUCGUUUACCGACCAGAGCCUAUCGUCGGAGGCCGAAUGCGGUGAGAUUACUAUCGACUGCCCCUUCGUCGUCGCCGUCAAGUUCAUCAAACUCGAAUCGGCCGGUGCCAUGGUUCGUAGACGCCGAAGCGGAACGCUCACACGACUUGCGUCCAAACCCACCACAUCUACCUUCGAAAGAGGUCUUAGCUACGGUCCCACCGAUACCCGAAAAUGUACCGGAAGUAGUGAAGAAUCUGCACGCAGAGCUGGUCAAGUCGCCUCACCUCGAACCGUCGGAGCUGCUCGUGCGCGAGCCGCCUGAGAUACCCCCUGGCCCGCCGUUGCCGCCGAAGGGACCGCAGGGUCGGAGGAAACGGGGGAGCACGUAUGCAGGCGAAGGGGUGUUGUACCCUACGAGUGGGAUAUGGAAUUGGUUGAUUCUGGCUCAGGUUAAGGAAGGUACGGAGAAGCGAGGGGCGAUAGAGUCUGUAGUUCGCCUUGUCCGUAAAACACUAUUAAAAAUGGAGCCACCCUUACCGCUACCACCCAAUGCGAAGCGGAAGGUUAAUGAUACAUGGGCCAUGAUAGACGCAGGUGAUUUUGCGGUUCAUAUCAUGAGCAAGAGUGCAAAAGAAAAGUUUUUCACCCGUAUGGAAGAGUGGUAAUCAAGGUCGCUGUAUUUUAUUAAAGUCACCAAGGCUUUCAUCUAAUUCACUAGUUUACAAUGUUUAGCAUGUGUAAUACCACUUCGUGUCGUCAGCUCGAUAGGGUUAGGGUUAGUCCAAUAUUGAUGGCUCAUCGAUACUAGCAUUAUGGAUCUGAGUCGCGAC